GAAAUCAAACAUAAAUGUUCUGAAAUGGAACAAAAGCUACUGUCAGACUAAAGGUUUGCUCUGCCUCCUUUAUCUAAACCAGACGUCUGCAAGCUAACAACACUAAAAGAGCCAUACAGGCUGGAACUAGGAGCACAAGGUCUUCUUUCAAACCUCUAGAAAAUAAUCAAGAUUUCUUUGUAUUUAUGUUACUUUCUUUCAUGAUUUAUAUAACCGAAUUUUAGCUUAUUAGACAUAAAUAAAAAAUGGAAAAACAAAGAGAAGUUUGCAUUUUAUUCUACCCAUGACUUUGGUUUUUACUCUGGAGAAAGCAACACACUUUUAAAAAUAGGACACUUUGAAUUACAGCUGCUGCAGCAAAUUUACUUGAAUCAAAAAUGUAAUACAACAUAAAUUAAUAAAGGCAUUUUUUUCCUAUUGUUUUAUGUCUACUAUAGUGGGCAGCCUUCCUUUUUCCUACUUACUAAUGUUAACCUGAAUGUAAAAAUCAUUUCAUUGCUAUAAGAUCCAUGAAAGUUCAGCAAGCAGCCCUCAGUUGUUUGUGUUUGUCAUCCAGAAGACAUUUGUAGCACAGUUACUACAACAGAAGUGCCCAAAACACCAACAUUUUAGGGGGAACAGAUAAAAACUUUAUGCUAUGUUAUGUUUAUGUUAUGGACAGUAUUUUUAUGUCAUUUUUGUGUCUCCGUAUUUUACAAUGAAUGAAAAUGUCAGGGCUGAACGAUAACCCAGCUGUUCUAAACAGCAUAACACUGUUGGUGGCUUCUGUCAGACGUCAGAGCUCCGUCUCCCCUCUGGUCACCGGCGGGAACACGUUAUUCGUUAUCAACCACCCUGAUUUAGCUUUUUGGACUUUUGGCUGAACUCAUAAACCUGCUGCAUUUGGAUCCAGCCGUCUUGUGACAGUUUCAUCAUUUCCAGGUCGAUGGGUAUUUUUUUUUUUUUUUACCUUUGAGGAAAUGUGAGAUCAACAAAGAACCAAUUAGGAUCAAUUAGCUUAACAGUCAAUGUAACCCCUUCAUAUCUGCCUUUAUUCCCAAUUAUAUAAAAAAGUUGUUCCUGUGUUUUUUAUUUCAUUUUUUUCAUUAUUGUCCAGUGGUGUAGAACCCAAAAUACAGGAGAGCAGGCUGUAUUACGGUGUUUCUAUAUUGAUCUCUAUAUUUGUCGGAUCUCUUUACAUAAAAUGAAUUUAUUGUAAUAUUCGCUCAUUAAGGAGGACGUGAAGGUAGCUGGUGUUAGAGGAGAGGAUGAAGAAGACAGGGUUACAUGGAGGAAGAUGAUUGGCUGAAGUGAAAAUACCAAAGGAAAAGAAGAAGAUUUUACUAUGAAACUUGACUGUGUCACUUUGCAGUUUGAGGGGCUCAUUUUAGCUCAUCAGUUGUCCCAUUUACCUGAAUCUGGCACAUCUCAAAACUGCUUUAGUAAGAAUAUUUUAUCCCAUAAAUUCAACACAAAACAUUAAAAAAAUCAAAAUAUCUUUAAUAUUGCGGGCGCAGUCAAAUGUCGUACAUUGUUGUUUUUUUCAGUUUCCGGAGCGAGUAACCAAACGGUGACUGAAGUCUAGCAUAGUAACCUAAAUAAAAGUUUUGUUUUGAUUCUGCUGAGGAACAAAACGGAAGACUGACUGCAACCAAUGAAUGACUGAUACGUCACACCGGAAGUGGCCAACAGAAAGGCGUGCGGGGAAGGCGUAUGGUGUUGCCUUCACAUGCGGUGGAGAAGUGUGAAAAUAUGAACACUUUAACGACUAACCAACAUUCAAAGUAGCUGGUCUUUUAUUCUGACGCCUUCGUUAAAUGCAUUAACACGAACUAAAGCCAGUCUCUAUGAGACAGGGAUCCUGGAGGACUUGGUCAUUUAACGUCGAUCUCCGAGUGUUUGCUGACUGGUUCAAACGCCGCUCUCGUUGAAGAUCCAGCAGCGACUCGAGUCGUCCGUGAACACCACAACAUGAAGCGGUGGACCUGGCGAGGAAGUCACGGUCCACACCGGCGACAUGGUUCCGGUCCACGGCAUGGAGGACGGCGAGACGAGCGGAGGCGCUCAGAUGACGACGCAGAACCACCCUACAGGAGAACCCACAGCCCGUCUGCCACGGCCACCGCACAUGCGCAACCCUCCUCCUCCUCCACCCGCAGCAGCGCAGCUCCAGAGUUACCAGGCUUCUACUUUGAUCCAGAAAAAAACCGCUACUUCCGCCUGCUGCCAGGACACAACAACUGCAACCCUCUGACCAGAGAGCAGCUGCAGCGCAAAGAACGAGAAAAAGAACGACAAAAGAUGCUGGAAGAGGAUCAAAACCCCAGAAAAAAAGCACCAAGGCCAGGAUUGAACUCUUCUCUGCUGCUGCAGAAAAGACAUCUUGGGCUUUUGCCUGAAAACUCCUACUGCAGGCUCGUCCACGAGGUCAAGGUCAGCGGAAUGAAGCGCCACAAACUGGAGAUUGAGAGCACAGACAACAGCAGCUGCCCGGACACUGACAACUUCCGACUGAUCGUGGGUGACUCGGCGUGUGAGCGGGUCUUCACGGUCAAUGACGUCUCUCAUGGCGGCUGCAAGUACGGCAUCAUGAACUUCAGCAGCAACAGCCGCGGCUCGCUGUCGGUGGAGAUGUGUGAUAACCUCUACUUCACCAACCGCAAGGUCAAUUCCAUCAGCUGGGCCUCCGUCAACUACCCCGACUCCCAUGUCCUGCUGUGUCUGGUGGGGGCCGCGGACACCCCCGGCUGCGUCAGCUUACUUCCUGCCUCCCUUUUUAGCAACUCUGACCCAGAUCAGCCCGGGAUGCUGUGCAGCUUUAAGAUCUCUGCAGCCUGGUCCUGUGCUUGGUGCCUCAACCCGCAGUUUGACAAGACCUUCAGCACCGGACUGUCUCGCCGGGUCAUCCUGAAGGAUGCAGAGACGGGACGAACGCAGACGUACAACGUCAGCAGCGACGUCUUGGCUCAACAGUUCGCCCUUCAGGCUCCCAUUCUGUUCAACGGCUGCAGGUCAGGGGAGAUUUUCAGCAUCGACCUUCGGCAGCGCAGCCGCAGAGAUCCGGGCUGGAAGGCCAGCCGCUUCCAUCAGGAGUCGGCCAUCACGUCCGUGCGAGUCCUGCAGGAUGAGAACUACCUGCUGGCUGCAGACAUGCUGGGACAGAUCAAGCUGUGGGACGUGCGAGGGACAAAAGCUGUGCAGGAGUACAAAGGGCAUUACAAUGAGCACGCCUACCUCCCCAUCCACAUCUGUGAGCGAGAAGGACUUCUGCUGGCAGUGGGACAGGACUGCUACACCAGAGUGUGGAGUCUGAGGGACGGUCACCUGCUGAGGACCAUCCCGUCACCACAUCCGGCUGCAAACGACAUGAUCCCCAGCAUCGUCUUUUCACCAAAUCUAGGGGGGGCUAGAGGCCUUCCUGGGCUCCUCCUGGCCGUCAAACACGAUCUGUACUACUAUCCAUACAACACUGACUACCCGACCGGAAGGCCAGCCGACGCGCGGCAGGAGGGCGGAGCCACAGUGUGACAGGUUUCUGCCAGAGGCAGCAGUGGGGUCAUUUUUCUGAUGCUGUGGGACAGCGGUCCCUUCACGGGGGGACAGCGGUCCCUUCGCGGGGGGACAGCGGUCCCUUCGCGGGGGGACAGCGGUCCCUUCACGGGGGGACAGCGGUCCCUUCGCGGGGGGACAGCGUUCCCUUCACUGCCACAGAAGAUCAACUGUCUGACAGGAAAGACGGAAGUGAGGCUGUGUUUGAGUUGCAGCCUUGAAUAUGCCUGACUUCCCAAAGUUUCAACCUCAGGGAGCGUUACUGGGGAACGAUUUCUGUAACUGGAAGUGCUCUUCACAAAGAACAUUGGUACUUGAUUUUAGAAAAUUUGUGUAAAUAAUAAUCUGUUGGAUCAAUAAAUCUUUCAGAAACCACA